AGCUCCACAAUUGCGCGCUGGGCUCUCCGCUUGCUGGGUGGCAUGGCAGAGCCGACUCCCGCCGGGUGGCCUUCAGCCCCCGCGAUGACGCCCGCGCUGGGGACUCCGAGCGAAACUGCCCCGCCGCGGGACAACUGGGUGUUCUGGGCCAUGCUGCCACCGCCGCCCCCUCCUCUGCCGUCCCCGGCGGCGGGGUCCGAGCCGUGCCAAAAGGAACAACCCCACGUGCAGACGCAGCCUCUCUCCGGAGCGCUUCCCCCGUUCGAUGCUCAGAUUCUUCCCGCGGCGCAGCCUCCUUUCGAUGCCCAGGCCCCGCUGGAUGUACAGCCUCAGUACAGCGGCCAGCCGGCCUGGAAUUUCCAAGCCUCGACGCCUUGGUACUGGGGGCUGCCUCCUAAUGGUUACCCCGCCUCUUCGGUUACACAAUCUUAUUUUCCACGAACACACGAUGCAAAAUUCAGUGACUUCAGUUUGCCUCAAAACAGAAAACAGAGAAAGAAGAAAAGAAAGGAACCGGUUUUCCACUUUUUCUGUGAUACCUGUGAUCGUGGCUUUAAAAAUCAAGAAAAAUAUGACAUACAUAUGUCUGAACAUACAAAAUGCCCUGAAGCCGAUUGCUCUUUCAGUGCACACGAGAAGAUUGUCCAGUUUCACUGGAAAAAUAUGCAUGCUCCUGGUAUGAGGAAGAUCAAGCUAGACACUCCAGAAGAGAUUGCAAGGUGGAGGGAAGAAAGAAGAAAAAACUACCCAACUCUGGCCAAUAUUGAAAGGAAGAAAAAGUUGCAACUUGAAAAGGAAAAGAGAGGAGAAGUGUUGACGACCACACAGUAUGGGAAAAUGAAGGGCAUGUCCAGACAUUCACAGAUGGCAAAGAUAAGAAGUCCCGGUAAACAUCGUAAAUGGAAAAAUGGUAGACAGAGAGCAGGCACUAGACUAGGCAAUCAUGCCAGAAAUUCGAAGCCUCAAGUUCCAUCCGUGGUUAAUGUAGACCCUCUCGGUGCUUUGAUACACAGUGACUCUGAGUCUGAUAAGGAAGAGAAACCACAAAGGACUGUAGUACCUAAGGAGGUGACACCAGCCUUGUGUUCGCUGAUGAGCAGCUACGGCAGUGUUUCUGGGUCAGAGAGUGAACCAGAAGAAAUCCCCAUCAAGUCUGAAGCAGAUGUCCUGACAGAAAACCAUGUCCCUCAUAGCAGUCCCCCCAAGAGUCCAAGACAGAGUGUUAAAACAACUGGUAGAACUAUCUCAAGAGCCAAGUUGGAGAGCCAGAGGAAUGGCUUCAGGAAGAUAGCCCUAAAGAGGAAAAAGAGUUGUUACCACCCACUAUUUGAACCAAGAACACGUCACCCGUACCUCCUGGAAAUGCUUCUAGCUCCAGACAUUCGACAUGAAAGAAAUGUGAUUUUGCAGUGUGUUCGGUACAUCAUCAAAAAAGACUUUUUUGGACUUAAUACUAAUUCUGUGAAAACUGAAGCUGAGUCGAUGCCUCAUGUUUCGGAACAUGUAAGUGAAGCAUGAAAAAGAGCAGCGUCCUCCAGUAAGCAGAGGAAGCCGGCAACUCUUACAGACCUAUCGGUAAUGCGGCGGAAAGCCUCAUGGAUCUUAUGUUGGAUUUUAAGUCUGUCCUUUGGCUUUAUGCAAAUAAAUGGCACAGCUGGUCUUUUUAAA